ACUUUUGAAAAGCAGAAUGCCUAACGAAAAAUCAGAAGAUUUUGAAGAAGCAGAUUACGAGGAGACGGAAGCGGUAGAUGAGGAGCAAGCAGAUGCUGAGUCCAUCCUCACGGAGUACGACUCGGACGACUUCGUGUCCGGCGCCGUCACCAGCCCCGACUCCACGCUGCCCGACAACCUUUUCCAGUUCGAAUACUCGUACGGCUACAACUGCCAGAAGUACUUCAACCUGUGCGCGUGCGACGACGCGGUGGUGUGCUGGGCGGCCGGCAGCAUGGUCACCUUCAUGGACGUCGAUACCAAGCAGACAUGGUUCCGCAGGAGCACCACGGGCGGCACUGUUGGCGCUAUCACGUCUUACCGACAAGACCCGCGCUACCGCAUCGCGAUCGCCGAGGCGGGGGAGGGGGAUCGGGACCCCAUCAUCCUCCUGUACACCUGGCCCCAGAUGGAGAUCGAUGCCGUGCUGAGAGAUGGCACCACCAACGCCUAUUCUAUACUAGACUUUAGCCCAGAUGGCGAACUCCUGGCGUCGGUGGGCAAGGAGCCGGACUACAACCUCACGAUCUGGAACUGGCGGCGGCACACGAUCAUGCUCCGCACCAGCGCCUUCACCUUCGACGUCCACACUGUCGUGUUUUCGCCCUACUGCCCAGGACAACUCACCACUGCUGGGGCGGCUCACAUAAAGUUUUGGAAGAUGGCUCGAACGUUCACCGGGCUGAAACUGCAGGGAGAACUCGGCAGGUUUGGUGGGACGGAGAUAUGCGACGUUGUCGGCGUUUACCCCAUGCCUGAUGAAAAGGUCCUGUCAGGAUGCGAAUGGGGGAACAUCCUAGUAUGGGAGGCGGGUCUUGUCAAAGUGGAGGUGACACGAAGAGGGAGAAAGAGUUGUCAUGCAGCUCCUAUUGUGCAGUUUAUGCUGAGCGCGGCGGGCGACGAGGUGACGACGGUGGCGCGCGACGGGUGCGUGCGCGCGUGGUACUGGGACACGGUGGAGCAGGCCGACCCGCCCGAGGACGACCCCUACGUCGAGCUCAACCCCGUCGCCGACACCUGCGUUCCCGGCUGUCAGAUAAUGUGUUUGAAACAUCAGAAGGACCAUUUUUGGUACGCCCAAGACGGUAACGGCGGCAUCUGGACGGUGGACCUGGAGCUAGACCGCGGCUUGGCGCAGCACACGCGCGUGGUAACGGCGCACGCGGGCGGCGCGGUGGCGCUGGCGGCGCUGCGCACGCGCCCGCUGCUGCUGAGCGCGGGGGCGGACGGCGCGCUGCUCGUGCACCACACGCGGGAUCACGCGCUCCGGGCGAGGUGCUCCUUCGACGCGCCCGUCACGUGCCUGCUGUACCCGCCACUUGACGUGGACCCAACAUCCAGCAUCAUCCUUCUGGGCUUCGCGCACGGCGUGAUGCGAACUCUACUCCUGAACCCCGACCGGCUGGAGGAGCGAGUGUCGCUGGUGGACAUCGUGGCUGACUCCACGCUGUCGAUACACAGCGAGGAGAGCCCUGAUGACGUCAUCAGCCUCAUAUCGUUCGUGAAGCCCCACUCGGCGGCGAUCCGGCAGAUCUGUAUCAACGAGCCGCGAACGCUGCUGGUGACGAGCGGCGACGACGCCACCAUAUUCCUGUACGCCCUGCAGCAGGGAACACCCUUCACGCUGCACCCCCUGGGGUACAUAGAGACACCGAGCAGUAUACAGUUUAUGACGUGGAAACCGGACGAGGAUCGUAUCCUCCUGCUGUGCGGCGCGGCGGGUCUGGUGCUGGAGGCGGAGUUGCCGCGCGUCCCGCCCCGCGACUACGACACACUCACCACGUACAAGCUCGACUUUGUAGCUACCAUGCAGACCGUGUUGAAGAAACACUCUAUCCGGAACCGGCCAGUCCCGACGGAGGAGGACCUGGCGAGUCUGGACGAGGAGGCGCUGAAGGCGCGCGAGGAGGCCGACGAUGAUGACGAGGAGUGGAUCGGCGAGAUACAGCUCGAAGAGGAGGACGCAGGGGGGGAAGUGACAUGGGCGCAAUACUGCGGCGUGGGCGCGGCCGGGCACUGCGGGUCGGCGGGCGACGUGUGGGUGGCGCAACGCGGUGCGGGCGCGCUGCUGCUGCUGCGGCCCGGCGCGUCGCGCGUACAUAAAUACGCCCCCCUGCCCGGCGCCUGGACUGAUACCGUCACUGUGGCGAGAUUUGUUUGCGAGGGUCGCUACAUAGUGUUGGGCACGGACAUCGGGUACAUCCGCGCGGUGCGGCUGCCCACCGCGGAGGAGGACGCGCCCGACCUGCACCGCGCCAGGUGGGACGACGCGCAGAUUAAACUCAAGAAGAUGCUCAAGGGCAGGAGAUUGGCUAAGGAGGAGAGUCAGCCGACGCCGUGCAUGGAGCUGUCGGACUGGUACUACCUGGCCAUGCACGACCGAUACACCGGCGCUCUCACCGCGGUGGAGUUCAGCCCCGAUGCCAAGCAGCUGUACACGAGCGGUGCGGACGGCAACAUCUUCUCGUUCGACGUCAACUUCCCCGAGCCGCUGCUUCCCAGGUCCGCCGCACGAUUCAUACCGAUACCCGCAGAGAUCAAGCGGAUUACCGAGCCGAGUAGCGCGGAGCAGCUGCUGUCGCACGAGCAGCUCAAGCGGCGGCAGGAGCGCGACAAGCUGCUGGCUGCCGCCGCCGCGCACACGCGCCGCCUGCAACAGCGGCUGGCCGAGCUCGCCGCCACAUACACCGACAUCGUCAAAGCCAACAAGAUGCUGCCGUGGUCGCAGCAGGUGGACGUGGUGCUGGACGCGCGGCCGCUGGCGGCGCUGGACGACGAGCUCACUGCAGCAGCAGAGCUCACGCGCCGCCGCCUGGCGCACCCGCUCGCGGCGGCCGAGCUGCGCCUGCGCAAGAUGCACGCGCGAAAUAUAGUACAGCUCGACGUGUUCCCCUUCACGCUCGCUGCCAUUAGUGAUCCAUCUGUGGUGAUCCGCCCACUGCGUCAGAAGAACCUCUCGCAGCGGUUCUACGACCAGCUGCAGGAGGUGCACCAGAAGAUGGCCGAAGCUGCGAUGCAGGGGAGGAAUUUACUCGAAUCAGUAGCACAGGUGGAACCACGUCCGGAGACGGCGGUGCGGCGCACGGCCGGCCGCAAGAGCACGUGGGGCCCGCCCAAGGUGGCGUCGUUCCUGCUGGGCCUGCCCCCGCGCCCGCCACACCCGCUCAAGAAGGCGCUCCGACACUACCACCAGCGGCUGAACAGGCACCACCACCAGUUCGUUGAGUGGCAGGAACACCUACUCCGCAAGCCGGACCCGCUGGCGCUGCCGGCGGGCGCGGCGCAGGCGCUGCGCGACGCCGAGCUCAGCGUCGGCAACCGCGUGCUCAAGACGCAGCCCGAGUACGUCGCGCCGCCCGACCACGACACGCAGCUGCGCCUGUGUCGUACGCGGCAGGAGAUCUACGAGACGAAGCACGAGUUCAACGAGAAGGUGGUCCGUCUCCGGGAGUGGAAGGUGUCGCUGGUGGCGCGCGUCCGCGAUAUCCGAGCGCGCCUCACCGAGAUACACGCGGAGCUGCCGCCGGCCGCCGCGCGGGAGAUGCCCCAGGUGCCGACUAUUGAUGAGGAGUUGGAGUUCCCGGAGAAGAAUUUGGAGGUAAAGCCAGAAGUACCAGUAGUCCAGGCCACCGUCGCCAAGGCCGGCGCGAAGAAGACAUCGGAUCGCAAGUCGUCGGGCAUGUUCCCGCAGCCGCGCACACGACGACCCAGGGUUCCCAAGUUUGUGCCCAUCACAGAAUCCAAACCAAUCACUACUUCGUGGGAGCUUCUUAAGCCGAACCCUGAUGAAGGGUCUUCCGCUGUCGAAAUAGAAAUACGCGAGAGACGUUUGAAACGUCACCUGUUUGAACAAGACGUGCUACUGGCGGAGGCUCAGCAGUUGAUGCAGCAGUUUGAUUCUCAGCUGAGGGUGCUGCAACGGGAGCGAAUACGCGUACAGGAGAGGAAUCAGCUGCUGGAGCUGCACCUGUACCAGCUGCACCGCGAGAUGAACGUCCUCAACCGGUUCGAGGCCAACGAGCACCGCCUCGCAGACAGGGUCUACGAGAAACUCGUGCAGGUCCAAGGUGUCCAAGAGAUAAUAUCUGACCUGGAGGGUCAGAUCGAGGAGCUGGGUGCGGAGAAGGAGGGCUUGGGCGAGGACUGUCAGCAGCUACACGCGCACUUCAAGAAGCUGGUGCAGGACAACGCCUUCGCGGACUUUCUGCGCAGGAUCUUCAAGAAGAAAUAUCGCCCGCCGCGAGAUGCUGACGAAGAAGAGUCCAGCGAGUCGGAGUCGGACUCCUCGAGCUCGGAGGAGGACGAGGGUAGCAUGGACAGCCGCGACAUCGGCCCCAUCCGCCUCGACCCCAACGUGUGUCCCGAAGGCUGCGACCAGGAGCUAUACAACCAGACCUUCGAGCUGAGGAACAAUAGACACGGCCACGAGCAGCGCAUGAUCGAGAUCGACCACACGGUAGACGUCCUGCGCAAGGACAUCGACGCACAGAACAAGCUCGUCGCCAAGUUCUCCCAGCAGCUAGAGCAGAGGAAGAAGGAUCUGAAGGAGUUCAUGAUGGAGAAGCAGAGCUGCCUGAACGAGAUCAGUCAGGUGGUGGUGGUGCGGUACGGGCAGGUGCGGGCGACGGCGCUGCGCGGUGCGGAGGGUGCGGGCGGCGCGGGGGGGACGGGGCUGGCGCGCGCCGUGCUGUUCCCCGCCCGCACGCUGCACGCCCUGCGGCGCCGCGUCACCGAGCUGCAGGGGGAGAUACACCAGCAGAGGGAGCGACAGAAAGUGAACCGCACCCACGUGUUCCGCAUGCGCGUGGACAUGCGCGCGAUGGAGGAGCGCGCGCGGGCGUUGGCGGCGGCGACGCGCGAGGCGCUGGCGCACAAGCUCGGGGAGUACGGCCGCCCGCGCCGCGCCAACGCCGAGCUCGACGAGCUGCUGCGACAGAUGGCGCGACGACACAAGUUCCGCGCCGCGCUCGCCGCGCUGCCGCCACUGAGAAGGCAGAUACGGGAGUGGAAGGAGCGUCACGAGCGGCUGGAGAAGGAAUAUUUGGAUUCGUUGAACCAUUACUCUGAUCGGCUCCGACUGGCCGCCGCCUUGCAGGCUGAUGUCUUGCCGCACAAGAAGGUACACGAAGCCCGCGACAUGGUCGGCGGGUACGAGCAGGAGCAGUACGAGCGCGACGUGGUGCGCCUGCGCAUCGUGCGAGCGAGACAGCUGCAGCAGAUUACGGCACUAGAGCAAGAGAUCAAGUCGCUCCGUCUGAAGCCGCUGUCGCCGGCGGUGGUGCCUCCCGCGCACCGCACCCCACCCCCCACACCGCCCACACUCAAACCCCUCAAGCCGUCCGCGAGAUACAAGCACAAGAAAUACUUUCCCAUAACAUCCCUGGAUUCGUCGGCGCUGGGCUGCGACGCGCACACGGCGGCGCUGGUGGCGGAGUGCGUGCGCGCGCUGGACGCAGCGCCCGCCGCCGCCCCGCAGCUGCUGCGGGACCUCACCACUGACUUGCCCGAGGUUGUCGCCGGGAACAAGUCGCGCUUCGAGGUGGUGGAGGGUUGGGUGAAGAAAUGGGUGGAGCGGCGCGGCGGCGGCACAGGCAGUGAACCGCGUGACUACCGCCGCCGGACUCGCGCGUUCGACGCGCUCGCCAAGCUCGCCGACAAGAUGAUACAGCAACAUAUAGACGUGAUCGAGGGCGCCGGGGCGAGCUCGCACCGUGCGAUGGCGGCGAUGGAGCGCGCCAUAAGCGACGUGGCGGACGCGCGCCUGCCGCUGCACGAGCGCCUCGGCCCCGCCCUAGCUACGCUGCUGCACGCCACCGCGCCAGAUGACAUAGCGGGUGACGAAGCCAUGACGUCGCUAGUGAGAUCGCUGACUGUCAGUGAACCCAUCACGAUGGAGGCGUUGGACCUGAUACAAGUGGCUGCUGUUGUGCAGGAUAUUAAAGACUGCGGUGUGGAGCACCCCGACGAGGAGCUGGGCGAGAUGGUGCAGGCGGCAGUGGGGUGUCUGCGCGCGCAGCACCUGGACGACGACGAGCACCACCACCUGCGACAACACCUGGACGACGCCUUCCGCGUCGACGUCGUACCCAAACCUGAGAGUUUGAUUUCGUCUGCUCGUGGAUCCUCUGCAUCUAAAAUAGAAGACAAUAUGGAGGAUAUUUAAAUUAUAAGUUCAUAAAUACAAUAUUGUAUCUUUCGUGUAUGGAGCAUACUGCAUAAU